AUGGCUUAUAGUUACGAUAUCGAAGAAGUACCGCCUGACGAUGUUCCAUGCGUCGAGCAUGAUAUACGACGCGCUAAAAAGUUCCUUCAGAAACAUAGUCCAGAGUCUGGUGAUAGUCUGUACGAUCACUUGACGGAAGUGUUGGCCAAGAUACUGGAAGAAAAGCCAAGGAACGCCGUGGAUAUUUUCGAGGAGUACAGCAGAAGGGUGAAGGAGGAGAGGUUCAAGUCUCAGUCUCAUCAUCUUCGAGAUGUGCACGUUCCUCCGGCGCAGUUCGAGGAGGCGAGGAAGCUCGUCAAACUGUUCAAAAAACUGGCGAAAGAGAAGGAGGGGGAGGAGGAAGAGGAGGAAGAAGAAGGGGACAAGACGAAGAAAAUUCCCAAUUUAUUGGAUCUUUUGUUCUAUUUCGAGCAGACGAACGUUGGACUGCCCCGCAGAGAGAUGGUUUUGCUUAAUUUGUCGAUUCGAAAGCUAGUGGCUGAAGCUCCUAUAGAAAACGUCAGAUUUUGGGGGAAGAUUCUUGGAAGGCCGAAGAAUUAUUACGUAGUUGAAGCAGAUCUUCGGGAAGAAGAGCUUAACGGUAGAUUGGAGAGAAUAGCAGCGGAGGAGGAACGGAAGCGUGAAUUGGAGCAGGCGAAAGCGGAAGAAGCGGCGCGAGCCGCGGAAGAAGCUGGUGGAACCGUGGAAAGGGAAACGGCGGAUGACGACGAAGAAGCAGAGCCAGCGGAGGAAAAAGAAGGCGAAGGCCUGAAGCUCGUCUUUCCGCCUCUGCCUACUCAUUCAUGGGAGCCACCGCCGGAAGUGCCGCCGGAAAGAAUCGGAACUGGCGUGAACGUCAAGGUGUAUUUUGUAUGCAACGAGCCCGGUAUGGACAAGUGGAUCGAACUGCCACCGGUUACACCGCGGCAGAUAGUAAUUGCACGACAGAUUGUCCGCUACUGCACAGGAAAUUUAGACACCCCGAUCUACACGUUCCCACCGUUCCCCGGCGCGGAAAAGAAUUAUCUCCGCGCGCAAAUAGCCAGGAUUAGCGCGACCACCCAAGUCUCGCCAAUUGGGUUCUUCACUUUUGGCGGCGGCGACGAGGAGGAGGAGCUGAUGGAGGAAAUGGAGGAAGUCGGAGUAUUAACCGAGAACGUGCACUACGAUCCUGUUCCUGUGAAGGACCUGAUAGACCCUUCCAUGUCAAAUUGGUGCCACCAUGCACCGUACAUUCUAAAGCAGGGUCGUAUCGUUUGGUGGAAUCCGAGAUCGGACGAAGAAGAACUUGGUGCUGAAGAGGAACUCGAGGAAGAAGAAGAAGAGGAAGAAGGAGGAAAAGCUGGUGUUGAACGAGAAAUUGGUCCUCCAAUGUUAACUCCACUGUCAGAAGACGCUAUAGUUGAUUCGAUAGUCCCAUGGACGAUUAGCCAAUCCAGCCGUGUUCAACCUGAUCAGGCUGUCGCGUUAAUUAGAUCGAACAUUUGGCCCGGAGCGUUCGGGUUCGCCUGCGGAAGGCGUUUCGCUAACGUUUACAUCGGCUGGGGUCACAAAUACAUCGCGUACAAUUACACACCGCCUACCAUGCCACCUGUAGAAGAUCAGUAUAAAAUCGGUCCAGAGAUCAUGGAGAUCCAGGAUCCAACUUUCGAACAGGAGGAAGCUUGGAGAAUCGCACAUUUGCCACCUCCACCGGUCAUGAUGAUGGGAGAAGAAGAAGAAGUGGCUGCGGAGGAAGAAGAAGAGGAAGAGGACGAGGACGAGUAA